AUGUUAUAUGAUAGUAAUGGAAUACGCGAUGGUGGUAGCCUUCGAAACUACCAGUUAGCUUGUGGUGUAUUAUGCUUACAUAAUAGGCACUCUGGAAAUAUAUUAGUCCAUCAAAAAACGAUUAAAUUAGCAGAUUUUGGAUUGUCUAAAAAUCAUUAUCCAAUUUACAAAAAAAAAGUAUUUGGCAUGGUUCCUUGUAUUGACCAAAAUGGCCGGCUACCAUUUUGUGAUGAAAAAUAUGAUCUUGAUUUAGCUUCGGAUAUCUCACAAAAAAAUCUUAGAGAAGCUGUUGUUCCUGGUACACCUGAAAAUUAUGUGGGAAUCUAUACCAUAUCUGAUUUGUUAAAAGCAAAUAAUACAAGAACAAACAUAAUAACAAAAAAUCUUCAAUCAUCAAGCAAACAAGAACUUAAUUCGAAUGAUUUUAAAGGCCUAGUACUAAGUAUUAAUAAAUCGGAACUACAUGGAGAAUUAUCCCUGCUUAUGAAUAAUUUUGAUGAAUUGAAUAUUUUCAAAGAUCUUAAGUCUUCUCUAAGUACUUAUAAAUCGGAACUACAUGAAGAUUUAUCAAAAGAUAUAACAAUAUCAAAAAAUUUAUCUGAAAAUGAUUACGAAUAA